UCGCCAAAACACUUUUCACACUUUUCUCUGCGUCGCCGGAGAGUUCCUGUCGACUGGUUUUGAGAAGAUGGAUAUAAUCUCACAGUUGCAAGAACAAGUGAAUUCGAUUGCUGCAAUCACUUUCAAUGCAUUUGGGACACUGCAAAGGGAUGCACCUCCGGUUCAGCUUUCACCUAACUAUCCUGAACCACCCGCUACAACUACGGCUACUGAUGAUGCUACCGCUUUUCCUGAGCAACCUAAGCAGCUCAGUGCUGAUUUAGUUAAGGCUGCUAAACAGUUUGAUGCUUUGGUUGCAGCACUUCCUUUAUCAGAAGGAGGUGAAGAAGCUCAGCUGAAACGAAUUGCAGAACUCCAGGUGGAAAACGAUACUAUAGGUCAAGAACUCCAAAAGCAAUUAGAGGCUGCAGAAAAGGAGCUAAAGCAAGUCCAGGAGCUAUUUGGAGAAGCAGCAGACAAUUGCCUGAACAUGAAGAAACCCGAAUGAAAUGCUUAACCUUGUAUGUCAAGCUGAUCCAGAAACUAUAUGUUUUAGGCUCAAAAGUAAUAGAAGUUCUGAUUUGGUUACAAGAAUGUUAGUUACUUAGUUAGCUCACAAAAAAAAAAAAAAAAACAA